UCUCCUGGCAAAUGAGGACUAAAGGGCUUCAGCUCGGCUACGGCGCAUGUGUAACGCUCCGGACCGCUUUCCUUCCCGGGGGCUGGACGGCUUCGCCGAUAAGCGGGCCCCUUGCGAGGAAGGCUGCCUCCUUUUGGGAUUCAGAGCCGCGCUCGCAGCAAGAGGCAGCGCAGGGCUGCUUGCUCCCUAAGAGCUCCUCUUCCGUAGUCUAUAUAAAUCUUAAGAGCAAGGAAGGAGUGGCCGCAAUGUGACCAGAAGACGGCUCAAGUCUGGACCAUCAGUGGGAUCUGCUUCUUGUUUUAACCCUUCUCAAAGCAAACUAAUUAUGGCAUCCCAUCAGAUAUUAAGGAAUCAGAUCCUUACUGGAUUCCUCAGGAAAGAUCUUCUGUUCAGCGUUGCUUUCUCAAUCAGGCUUGCGCUUGUCUUUUAUGGAGUUUAUCAAGACAGAACAAUGUUGGUAAAAUAUACAGACAUUGACUAUCAGGUAUUCACCGAUGCUGCCAGAUACCUCACGGAGGGGAAAUCCCCUUAUCUGAGAUCCACUUACCGCUACACUCCACUCCUGGGAUGGAUCUUAACACCAAAUGUUUACCUUUCUGAUCUGUAUGGAAAGAUCCUCUUUGUUGCUGGGGAUAUGGUUGCUGCCUACCUCAUGUACCGAAUUCUGCUUCUCAGGGGGCUGGGCGAUAGGCAAGCGUGUGGGUGUUGUGCAUUCUGGCUUCUCAAUCCCCUACCAAUGACCGUGUCCAGCCGUGGAAAUGCUGAGUCUCUGGUGGUGGGCCUUGUCCUCGGCGCCAUGUAUUAUAUGGAGAAGAGGCAUUUAGUGGCGGCAGCUGUCCUUUAUGGCCUGUCCAUCCAUAUGAAAAUUUACCCAGUGACCUAUGCCUUGCCAUUCGCUCUCCAGUUGCAAAGCCACAGAAACACAGAGCGAAGAAAAGCAAACCCGUUGCCUUUAAAGAAGCAGACGUUCUGGUUUGGAGAUGGCUUCCUCCGGCUUUCCUUCGGUCCCUUCAGCCGCGACGUUCUGCUUUUUGGGAUGGUGGCUGGUUGCACCUUUGCUGCCCUGGGCCUUGCGUUUUAUUUCUGUUACGGCUGGGAAUUUUUGGAGCAUACCUACCUCUACCACUUGACCAGGAGAGACAUCCGCCACAACUUCUCGCCCUAUUUCUACAUGCUGUACUUGACGGCAGAAAGCGAGUGGAGUUUUUCCCUCGGGCUUGUGGCGUUCCUGCCCCAGCUCCUGCUCCUGCUGGCGAUAUCCUUGGCUUAUUACCAAGAUCUUGUCUUCUGCUGCUUCCUGCACACGGCUGUUUUUGUGAGUUUUAACAAAGUCUGCACAUCCCAGUAUUUUCUGUGGUAUCUUUGCCUCCUUCCACCCGUGCUGCCUCGUUUGAGAAUCUCUUGGCAACGAGCUAUGAUGCUUCUCCUGCUCUGGCUUCUUGGGCAAGGCUUGUGGUUGGCCCCGGCGUAUUUUCUGGAGUUCAGAGGGCAGAACACUUUCUUGCUCAUAUGGCUGGCAGGCUUGUUCUUUCUUUUCGUCAACUGUGUCAUUCUCGUUCAGAUUAUAUCUCACUAUUAUCCUGUGCAGGUGACCAGAAAACAAAAGCAACAGUGAGACUUGUCUCACUUCUGAGGAUAAAUCCUGCAGGAUAGUUCUCUAGGAGGAGUUGUUCAUUGAACAAGACUUGGGUAACAAUGAACUUUUUUUUCUUUUUUUAAGUUUUGGAAAAAAAAUUGGUGGAAUUUGUGCAAAGUUUCGGAUAUCUUUGUCCUUUGUUUUGAAUAUAGUGAAUAUGGAAAAGGGCUAAAGUGUUAAAGUUAACACGUCCUAAUUGUGAGGUCUGUCUGUUGGAAACGUGUCUAUUCAUGUUUGUUUAAUGAUUACGUUAUAUGGAUCCAUUUCUACUGCUCUGUAUUGUUUGGAUAUUUUAACCUCACUUGAUAGGAACAAGGAAGUUGCCUUAUUACCGAGUCAGUAUUGUUUACACUAACUGGCAGCAGCUCGCCAGCAUUUCAGACUCGGAUCUUUCCCAGCCCUACCUGGAGAUGCUGUGGAUUGAACUUGGGACCUUCUGCAUGCAAAGCAGAUGCUUUACUCCAGAGCUACAGCCCUUGCCUACUGAUCUUGCCUUCAAUGCAAUAAAACCCCAUUAAAUGAUAUCACUGUUCAGACCCGGUCUCUGGCCCGCUGGUGAGGACGGCUGGCAGCAUGCAGAUCACUUCUCCCAAGUUUUCCCUUCAUUACCAAGAACUUGGAGCAGAUCUCUCAUGCUGCUUCUGCUUGCUUUACAGAAAGGCUGGCACGAGAGAAGCCUUCCGGCCUCUUUGCGUGCACAGAGGGCUCUGGACAGGCUGGGGUGGUCUUUCACAUUAUUUCUGCCUGAGCUGCGGAGGACAGUGUGAGAGAUUUACAUUCCUUUGGCCUGCUCCAAAUAUCCUGUGUGGCAUGAAAGCACCCGCAUGCCACCUGAGUCUUCCAGCGCAUGCAGAGGUCUUGGAGGAGCUUCACAUAACGGCUCAUACACAGAUGUUCCUUUGUGGACAUUCACACCAAUUUGGGGGUGUGGCCUUGCUUCCUGUUGCAUCUAUGCCUGUUGUGUUGCCAGAAGCAAGAAAGUUUGGGAUUUCAAAGACCAUGAAACACACUUGUGGAGAACAUUUCGUGCUUUAUUGAAACAAAGCUAAUGUUUCUAGACAGGCAGGUGAUAAAGCAGCUAAUGAACGCAGUUGUCUUAUGUCUCCUUUCAGCCCUGGGAGCCCCAGACAAGCAAUGGUGGAGAGAUCCCAGCUGGCCCCUACACAGCACCCC